CUUGUUGCUAAUCGAGAUGCAAAUGCAAAAACAAACGAUGAUGAAAAACGGAAGAAAGGACAACCAAUCGAAGUCGGUACAAGCAUUGAUUUCAUAAGAAUUUGGUCUUUAUCUGAGAGAGGUGGAGGAGAUAAGGACUUGUAAUUGUUCUCGCAGUAUGUUGGUACCAAACCAUGCAAUAUUUCUAUUUUGCAUCGAAGCCACAGCAUGACACAUCAUUCCACGCGUGACUAUAAAACAAUGAAACAAAAUCGGUAUAACUUUUCUGAUUGAGCGCAUAUGGAUGCGAAGAAGAAACACGGUCACUUUACACCUUUACGCCGGCAAGAAGCAUAUUUCUGAACGUUUCUCUGCAUGUUCGCGCUGAAGUGCGUACUUGUUUAAAGCACGGCGGCGCUCGAACAUUUUUUGACUACAUACGACCCUUUGUAAUUGCAUGAUGCAAGCACAAAACGACCUUUCAUCAAACUACUCUACGUAUAGUAGACCUUUGAAACAAGGUGGUGGCGGUGAGCACACGACCGGGAGCCAACAACCGCUCUCCUCACCUGAAGUUUUGAAAAUUAUCAACUACCAAAAAGAAAUCACUACAGAAUCAAAUAAGCCAAAGACCAUGGCGAGUAAAAGCAAGAGCCCGGUCCCGGGCACCUGGGCCUACUUCUUCACGGGCGUGGGUGUCUGCAGCGAGGAUUUCUCGGAGGACGUUGCUUUCCUGGAGGACACGCCGACCUGGAAAUGGUGGCAGCCGUAUUUGAAGCACGCUGUGAGCGACACGGAGCGGGAGGUUUUGUUUCUCGUCGCGCUCCAAACCUCCCUGUAUGACUUGUGGACCAGUGAGGAGUGUUGGGAUUUGCUACCGAAGAAGGAUAAUCCCCUCUCUGCCGGCGUCGCGGCGCACUCGCUCGGUGAACUGGCCGCGUUCUACGCGAGCGGAAUCCUCCCGGAAUUGGAAGAUGUCCGGCAGAUCGCUCAGUGGAUUGCGGAUUCCAUGAAGGCGCACACCAACGGCUGGAUGGCGGGCGGUUUUUUCGACAAGAACGACUUUUCGUUGGUUACCAAAAGCAACCGAAACUUCCACCUCGCGUCAACGAACUUCCCGCACGCAACCGACCCCAAUUUGGUGCACAAAACGUUCUGCGGCCAGGGCAAUGAUAACAGCUACGAGAAGUUUCAGAGCGAGUACGCAGAGAAAAACCCGAAAAAACUAAAAGUUCGCCACUGCUGGCACCAUCCGGAUUGCGCGAAGUCCGCCCCGGUGAAGUUCCCGACGCUGAAAAACAUCAGAUCCGGCUCGUUUUACUCCUCUUCCGCGAUGAAAAAAAUCAGCUAUGAUGGGGUCAACGACGGGACCGUGCAGUUCCAGAUCGAGACCUACUGGCGCCACUGGUUGAUUCACCCGGUGGACGUGUCUGUCCUGCUGGACACGGUGGCGGAUAGCUGUGACAAAAUCCUCGAAGUCGGCGCGCACCCGACGCUGGCGUCGUUUUUCCAAGCGAGCAGUUCCUCUAAAGAGAAGUCGAAAAUCGUCCCGUGUAUGAGUCGGGUAGAGACGUGCUCCACCUUUUUCAUCCUGCAGCAGAGGCACAAAAUCACCGACGAAGAUCUGUUUUUUGACAAGUUGUUGGCCGAGUUCGGGCACGCGGACUUGAACCCGGAAAUGAACUGGCUCUCCCAGGGGUUAACCAGCUUGUCGUUAACGCAGCUCGCGACCGGGCUGAAGAAGUACUUCCCGAAACUGCAGCCGAACGACUUCUACAGCUACCUGACGCUCGACGACCUGUGUCACAAGUACCGUUUGAAGGGCGUGACCGACUGCGUCGAAGAAGCGAACUCCGGGUGCUACAACGCCACCUCCUGCUCGGUCUUGGUCUCCGGUAUCGGGUGUUGGCUCCCCGGGAAGAUUUCUUCCGCGAAGGAAGCGCUCCAAUUCUUCGAGAAGAACGGCGACGCCGUGACGCACGCAAACCCGAAGGGGUUCAGCGACCUGCAGUGCGGGUACAUGGAACCGUUCCCGUUUGACUACUCGAAAUUCCAAAUGCGAGUGAACGAGGCGAAAAACCUGGAUCCCCAACAACAACUCGCGCUGUUCACCGCGGACCGGGCGGUGAAGGACAGCAAGAUCGAUCCGAAAUUACUGCAGGGACCGCGAACGGGCGUGUACUUCGGGGUUUGGAACCAGGACUUCUUGGGCAACCGGGACUCGGCCUACGACGUGGUCGGCUCCAAUCCGUCGAUUAUCUCCGCGCGGAUCUCCUCCCACUUCGACUGCCGCGGGCCGUCCGUCGUGCUCAACACCGCGUGUGCGAGUUCGUUGGAGUGCAUGUGCCGGGCGGUGGACGACUUCCGAUUGGGGAAGAUCGAUUACGCGAUCGUCGGUGGCGUGAACGUGAUCUACGACCCGGAGUUCACGCAGCGCAUGAAGCGCGGCGGCUUCCUGGGCGACAGCCAGCGGUGCCGGACCUUUGACGACCAGGCGGACGGGUAUGUGCGCUCGGAGGGGUGUGUGGUGUUCGUCUUGACACGAGGGGGACGAUCCACCGUAGACUUGCUGGACAAGUCCCAGUUCUACGGGCAGAUUUUAGGAGGGGCCUCGAACCACAACGGGCACUCACCCUUGAUCACGGUGCCCUCCGCGAAGGCGCAGUCGGAGUUGUUGCUGGCGGCGUUCGGCAACGCGGGCUUGAAGUUCGAAGAUCUGGACUACUUGGAGUGUCACGGCACGGGGACGAGAAUCGGCGACCCCAUCGAACUGGACGGGAUCAAAAGGGCUUUUUCCAUCGCAGAACAGGAGAGAACAACCCCGCUGUAUCUCGGUUCCGCCAAGGCCAACGUCGGGCACUUGGAGUCCGCGGCCGGGGUCACCGGGGUCUUGCGGGCGUUGCUGACGUUACAGAACCAAACGGUGUACGGGAACCCGCUGCUGAACGUCUUAAACCCGGGGUUGAAGUGCCCGGACUGGAUCAAAAUCCCGUCGAGCAAGGCGGAGAAAGCGAAGAUCAAGAAUGUGGGGGUUAGCUCCUUCGGGUUCGGCGGCAGCAACGCGCACGUCCUGCUCGGGUUCGCGGGGGAGAAAAAAGUUUCCUUCGGCGAGGAGCUACCUUUGAUGUCCGAGCAAACGCCGAACUCGACGAUCUUGUGGAUUACGAAGAAACUCCCGGCUCUGGCGAUUCCGGAUCCAGACCGGUCCCGCGCACCCAGUGACUCGGGUGUGACCACGGAAUCGUAUGUGGUGUUGAGCAAUGGGGAAAAUUCCGAUCCGGACAGAGUGAUCCAGACUGGAACGGGCAUCACAACCCGCUCGAGUUCCUCCGCUUCUUGUACAAACGAAGACAUUAUCCCCUGCAAAAGUACUUUCGUGGACGUAGAUGUUUGUGCAGCCUUGCAUCCAGCAGACUUAAAGAACAAAUUCUAAUCCCAUCCGCACUACAAAUUCAACUGGUAUUAAAACGAGGUAAGAUCGGAUACCCACUCUGACUUUUUUCCUGCCAAAAUUUGAUGUGAUGCAAGUUUUACGUAUCUAUGUACGAUAGUACUUUUGCGAUGCAUAGCCAUCCCGAUGGAGCACCGCGACAUCCCCAGCUUCAACCCAGCGCCGCGGAUGAAAACCGUGGCGAGCACCAUGUCCAUGGCGUCGGAGCCGGAGAAGUUGUCCUCCCGACGGGUCCACCGGAAAUUGUUCGAGUUGAUCCGGAUCAUGGGGGUAGACACCGAUGACGAGUUCCGGAGUCUUCAGGAGUUGGGGCUGGACUCGUUGUCCAUCACGGAUUUGUUCCUGCAACUCGACCGCACGUUUGGCACCAACAUGAACGACGGCAACUUUCUGAUCGAGGGCGCGAACGUGGACAAAUUGGCGAAGUUUAUCAUCCAAACCACCGGGCACGGCGAAGAAGACGAACCCGCGGCGUCCUCGCCCGCUCUGCCGGCGCGAGUCACGCAGCAGGGGUCUGUGAUGCCCAGUAAAACACCGCGCGUUUCCCCCUCCGCGGCCGGCGACGCCGCCUUCCAGCAAACUCUGAACGCGUGGAGCAACGCCGCGCCGGGAACAACGGCCACCACUAGCGCAGCAAAUAAAACCGCUGCUCCUGCUGCUUGCAAAGCUGACCCGGAGCAGAUUUUCGAGUGCGAGCCGGUCGAGAAGCCGAAGCCCGCGCCGGCGCCGAAGCCCGCCGCCGGGAAGCCGAAGCAGCUCGGGUUCGAGGAUUUAGAAUCCUUCGACUACUACCUCACCCGCCCCUUCGCCGGCAAGAAGCGGGGUAUUCUCACGACCCACGUCGGCUCCCUACCGCGGUCGUUCGGCGCAACCAGCUUCGACCACAUUUACCAGCAGAUCGACAUCGGCCUGGACAUCAUCAACGACGGCGAGGUGCACCGGGCGAGCUACGCCGACGAGGUCUUGUCGCGCUUAAACGGGUUCGCCUUCCUCGGCGCGGGGGACGCGGCGUCGGUUGCCUACACCCCGCACGACGUCGCCGAGUGUCCCAACUGCGCGCGGCGGUUCAUCGGGAAGUCGAGCUUGAUCACGUUGAACACCCGGUUCCCCGCGUUGAACCCCUCCUGCGUCGGGGAGGUGUCCUACAAAAAAUCCACCAACGACCUGAAAAAGUACCUGGACAACUACGAAGACGCGCUGCGCCGGAACGGCACCGAACCCUCCUCCGCCUUCUACUCCUGCCCCAGUCCGGGAACCCUGGCGCUUUUCUUCAAGAACACCCACUACAAAACCGACGAGGAGUACCUCUCCGCGUUGGCGAACGCCCUGGCCGUGGAGUACAAAGAAGUUGUGUCCCGCGGUUUCACGGUCCAGGUCGACUGCCCGGAUCUGGCUAUGGGCAGGCACACGCAGUUCCAGAAGAUGUCGGACCGCGAGUUUGUCGAGGUACAAAAAGGGUUGAUCAAGGCUUUGAACCAGGCAGUGGCGGGAUUGCCGAAGGAGAAAGUGUAUCCUGUGCAAAAGUAUCGUACUUGUACUAAUUGCAAAUAUGCAUGACAAAUAUUUUUCCUAGGGCAAAACCGCAUUACAAAUUCCACUUUCGUUCUUGCCCUAAUUUGUCAUGCAUUUUAUACUAGUACGAUACUUUUGCAAUGCAUAAAGUGCGGGUGCACAUUUGCUGGGGAAAUUACGGGUUUUCGCACCACCGCGACAUCCCGCUGGAAAAAAUCGUGCAGAAUCUGAACGACAUCCACUGCAACGACCUGCUGAUCGAGAACGCGAACCCGAGACACCAGCACGAAAUCGAAAUUUUGCCGAAGAUUCGGAACGCCGUGAUCACGAUUGGGUGCGUGGAUACCAGCAGUCCGCACGUCGAGUCGGCGCUAUCCUGAGUAAAAACGUUCCCACCCCAGAGUUGUCAUGCAAAUCUGCAUGCUGAAAAUGUUUCUCAUGCGGAGACCCAUGAGAAGCAGUCCCUCUUGGUGUUUUGCGGUUUGUGAUGCUCACAUCCGAAUGGUAUGCUAGAUCUGUGAUGCUGCUUCACUAGCAAAACACGACUACACUGCGACCCCAAAUUUGUCAUGCGUAACAGGCGAAGCUGGUUGAUUUGUGUAGCAGAUUUGUCAUCUUCACUCUGGGGUGGGGACGUUUUUGCUCACCAUAGGCGCAGCUCAUUGCACAGAGGAUUUGCAAGCUCGCCCAGGUGGUCGGACCGGACCGGGUGAAAGCGGGGACGGACUGCGGGUUCGCGACGACCAGUGAGUCCCACAGCAACACCGAGAUUGUGGUGAUGAAGCUCCGAGCGCUGGUGAUGGGAGCCCGGAUGGCCUCGUCGAUUCUGAUGAACGGUAUAAAUUUGUCAACGCACAACAACUGCAUGAGCAUUUGGUCCUCAACCCCCAGCAAGAUUGUUAAGAAGCUGCUCAAGGACGCAGAAGCACGAGCCUCUCGUCCAUGUUGUUCAGCUCGUUGCGCUUUCUGCUCGCGCCGCCGCGCCUGCCCGCUUGCCCAAAGAACCGCGCUGCGGCCCACCGCUGUACUACUGCAUGCAAUUGCAAUGCUGAGUCGUGCAUUGAAUAUUUUGCAGCGCACAUAUAUGAAUAUGUUUUUCUUUCUGCUGAAGCUAGCUGCUGUUCGGUAAGGCUACUACUUCUGAACCUGAAGAAUUUUUCUUCAGAACUCUCUUUGUUUCGCUUUCGCGAUGCACGAGACCCCACGAAAAGCACACGGAAUUUCACCAAAUACAGGUGUUUCCCUCUUCCAACCCCGUGCCAAGGCCCGUUUGUACUGGUUCGGGGAGAAACCUAUGCAUUGCAAAAGCAUCGUACUAGUAUAAAUCGCAAUGCAAUUUUUUUCAGAUGGAAAAAUGGAGUUUGUAAUGCUGAUUUGGCUAAGAAACAAGAUUUGUCACGCAUGUUUGCAAUUAGUACGAGUGCGAUACUUUUGCACAGGAUAAAACCCCUGCGAAACCUCCCCCAGCUGGAAAUCCGUCACUAUCCAGGAAAAAAUCUGUGUAAGUGUAACCUUGUAGGGAAAACAGCAUCACAAGUUUGUUUUGCAUUACAGCUAAUACAGGGAAAACCUGUCAUGCGCAGCUAGCACGUGGAAACACGCAUGAAAGUUGCCUAUGACGCACAACAUCCAGCAUGACAAGCGUAUACACUUUUGCAUUUCAUGCCUCGUCACAGACUUACACUUACGCAGUUUUUUUCUUGCAUAGUCACGUCCCCGACUGGAUUAUGCAGGAGGACGUCGAGGCGGUCGCGCGACACAUGAAAUCCUACACGGAGCUCCCGGUGUUUUUCAUCGUCGUCGGAAAAUCUACCAACUUCUCGGGCGGGCAGAACAUGUACGGACAACUCGAUUUCUACGAGAUGCAGAUGCGCGUCUUAUCAAAAGGAAAAAUCUCCCCUGCCCAUAUCGAAAAGAUAUGUUUCCGAAAAUUUGCGUUGCUGAUUUGUGACCACAAAUCGGGUCUGUCUUGCAAGCAGGCACACUCAGGCUGUCCGCCACCUUAUGCAGGCGAUUUGUCAUGCUGUAUGGCCUACAGGGUAGCGUAGCCGUCUACUAUGCUAGGCGCCUACACCAAAAGGCCCCCGCCUAGGCUCAGGAUCUGCGCGCAUUCCUCUACUGCAACACAAAUGUGAUUUGUGUAUCCAAAUCCAGCAUCAGAAACUUCGUUUUGAUAUAGGGAGGGGGGAUUUUUCCUUUUGAUGCGUCUUGCUGAAAAACCUGGAGCACACGCCCGCGUACCCCGAGCAGAUCCUCCGGCUCCCCACGAACCAAACGGUAUGCAUUGCAAAAGUAUCGUACUCGUGCGGUGUAAAUCUAAUAUGCAGCACAGCAUUACAGAUGUCAAUUCCUGUCUGAUUUAGCAUUACAAAUUGCACCAGACCAUGUUUGUUCACAUGUUUCGGGAAUUUGUAAUGCUAUUCUUACUGUACUACUACUACCUAGUAUGGUACUUUUGCUAUGCAUAUACGGUUGUGUUCGACAAAAUCCGGUCGGUGGUGUACCACGGCACGGUGUUGGACCCGAUGAGUUUGCACAUCGAGGACCGGUAUCUGGAGAAGGCGGAAGCCGACCUGAAGGACUUCUACGAGGUGGUCGUCAUCGGCGCUGGGUUAACCGGGUUGCAUGUUGCGUCCGAAAUGAAGAAGAAGGGGAAGGACUUUGCGCUCCUCGAGAAAAACGACCACAUCGGCGGGAUUUGGAAGUACUUCGCCAACGAACGGUCGCAGGUGAACACAAGCGAAGCCGCGUACCGGUUGGUGGACAAGGUGAACACGAACAAAGAUCACUCCACCACAAGGGAAAUUCUCACCGAUGCGAUCCACGUGGCGACGUCGCUGGAAAACCGGUUGUUUUUGAAGGCCCCGGUGACCUACGUGAACAAAAACGGCCAGAAGAUCUACGAGAUCCAAAUCGGGGACGUCCACAACGGCACGGGGAAGACCAUCCGCGCCGGUGGUGUGAUCAUGGCGAUCAACGACCGCGUCGGGAUCCCGAGACAGGUCAAGUGGAAAGACGAGGAAAAGUUCCGCGGGGAAAUCCGGUCCGGGUUUAGCAACGACGCGGCAGAUUUGGACUGGAUCGGGAAAAAGGUGGUGAUCGUCGGCAUGGGCGCGUUUGCCACGGAAAAUCUCAGAACCGCGUUGGAGUGCGGGGCCAGUUCCGUUACGAUCUUAGCCAGGAGGCACGGAACGGUAAAAUUUUUGAGAUGACUUCAUCUUGAUGCUAAGUACUUGUCGAGAUUUUUCAACCUGGGUUUGGAAUUCUCAACCUGGGUUGAAAUUUUUUUUCCGAUAACUGAAAGAACUUUUUGAACGCUGGUUGAGAAUCUUCAACCCAGGUUGAAGUUUGUGCACAGAUAUUUUCGACACCGGGUGAAAUUUGUGGUGCAGAGAAGUCAAUUUGUUAACGGUUGAAACUUCUGUAAAGAAAUCAAUUUUUCAACCAAGGUCGAAACUUUUCAACCAAGUUUGAAACUUCUUGCCUUGGCUGGCAAGCCAAAACCCAGACAAGCCAAGGCAGGCCAAGAAUCCGGCCUGAAAAUUUUCAACUCAGGGCAAAAUUUUCUUACAGAUGAAGAAUUUUCCAACACGGGUUAAAAUUUUUCACUUCAGGAUGAAAUUUGUCUUGUGCCGGACCUCUCUACUGCGCAAGUUAGAAUAAGCGACUUUUUCACCACUCAGGUUUGCCCGAAGUACAUCGAUUACGUGAAUUUCGUGAACAAAACUUCUGCGGAUGGGCUCCAACACGACUCGGUGACCAACACGAAGAACAUGAUGGUCUGGCGAAAUUUGUACGAGAAGACAGGUAUUGUCUUGGUUUCGCGGAGGUAGUUUCAUGCAUAUUAAUAUCGGGCAUCAACGUCAUACGCUGAGAUGAAAAUGUAAAUGUAGAUUAUGGCGUUCCAUAUCCAUGCAGAUACUUAGUUACAGACUGAUGAACGUUUUAACUGUAUCCUCUGAAGAAAAAUUGCUAUGCAAACAACUACGACGUCCCAAGAAUUUUUUUUUCCAUAGGUGCCAAGAUGCCCGAGUGCUGGAUGGGAGCGAUUAAGCACUACGGGCACACGAUUUCAGUAUCUGACAUUUGGUUCAUCGGGCACCACCUGCGCAUCCUCGACUCCCUCGCCGACGAGAUCGGCCACUUCACGGAAGACGGGAUUGUGACGAAAGAUAGCGGCACCUUCCUCGAGGCGGACAUUGUGAUCCGGUGCACCGGGUUCGAACGGAACGCGCAGUUGAUCCCGCUGUUGACGCCCUACAAGACCGUGAACAGUGUCAACUACUUGGACGAGAACUUCAUGUACUUGGCUGACGCGCUCAUCGACGACAACGUCUUCAAUUCCGUCUUCGGCUCCUCCGUGAUGGAGAUGGCGAAAAUUUUCACCACCAUCUACCUCUACUUCUUCGACAACCGCCAGGAGUACAGCAAGUUAGCGCACAAGCUCAAGUCCGUCGCGGUCACGGACCGAAAAUGGUCGGACUACAUUGCUAUCCAAUGCAAAUAUUUAUGUCUCCUGGGUCUGGACGAAUGCGAGAUCAUUAUUUGUUUGUCUUGCAGUUUCCUCAAGCUCUACCUCUAGCUCUAGCUCCACAUGAUCAAGGUCUGGAGCCUGGGGCUUAACAUGAUCUUGAUCACAGGUAGUUCUGGAGCCCCUUUUUUGAUGGGCAGUAAGUGGGCAUGUUUUGCAAGUCAUGCAACGCGGAUCAUUUUCGUGUGACGAGGAGCCACCACACGCACGACGACGAGUUCAUCACUCUUUAUUUCCAGAGGACUCAGAGUAGAACAAGAUUAUAUUUGCAAUGCAUACUUGCGGGACUCGACGUGUGCUUCGCGGAGUGCACCGGCAUCCAGGCGCUGAUGCAGCAGAAGAUCGAGGAAAGGAGGCACAACUUCCUGAAGGCACACACCGUCGAGGAAUACAUCCGGGAGAACCGCCGGGAGUGGAACGAGCUGCACCACAUUUUGGGGGUCUGGUCAGAACAAACCAGUGUGUUGGCCUACCCCAAGUGGACCGCGAGCCAGAUGGGCGCCACGGCGGCCAGUGCGGCACCCGGGUCGACGUCCAAGUGAUAGAUAAAGUAACAGCUGUGCUACUUCUCUUUCUUGAAGACCAAGUAGUAGACCUUCUGUAUUUAAAGAUAUCGGUCUACUUCACCGCACGCGCGCGACGACGUCAGCAUCUUCUUCGAUAUGGCUUUGUUCGCGACGUGAUGUGGUUUUUUAAAUUUUUUUAGGUUGAUGAAAUCAAUGUGGUGCAAGCGCUGGAGCAACAUAGUCAAAGUGUAGUGGUUUCUCGCGACCAAACGUAUUUUCCGGUGUGCUGUCGAAGUCAAUGACAAUGUCACUGUGGUGUUGUGGACUGGAACUGAUGUCCUAAAACUCGUGACGCAGUACAAAAGGGAAAUAAGUGAAAAAUUUCUCGAUAAAAAGUAGAACCAGAAAUAUUAAACUUGUUGACAUACAAGAGCGAGCCUGUUGCGUACGACCUGAAUGGUUUGACGACCACGAAGAUGUUGCCACACUUUAAACCGAGGGGACGGGGGAACGCCAGUAUUAGAAUUUCGGAAAAACUACAGCAUGUCAAUGCGGGACAAGAAGAGUGGUGCUUACAGCUUCGAGUGGCACAGCAGCAGUACACCUGCACGAAAUCGACACUAGAAGUUCGAAUGAUAUCACCGAUACACACAUGACGAGCAUUCUAUUGGGAAAACAAAUAACCUCGAGAACUGAGUUUGACACAACUUACCAAAAAUGUACCUCUACAUUACAAUCGGAUAAGUAGAGCUGAGCAGCACCUCCAAUGUGCGACGCUUCAGCGACCAGCAAUCUGUGAUCGUCCGAAGUCAUUUUGACUUUCUGACGUUCUGACGUUUUCAUCUUCGCGUUUCUAGUGCUAAAUCAGCACAAAAACCGAAGUACGACCGUUUCUGGCUCUGCAACUGAAAAUUGUUUAUUUCCUCCAGUGCGACAUCGCUACUUACGACUCAUUCUUUUUAUCCUAGGUCACUAGUAGUUUUUUCCUUGUACAAUGACCACAACGCGACUGCAGUAUGUUCAUCGUUCCCUCACGCGGAAUUGGGUUUCUACAGUAUCAGAAUUUUCAUCGCAGACUUCUCUAUAGCAAGCACUAGCUUAUUCGGUUUCCACAUGAUGCUGCUAUAGAUUGAACAAUUCAAGUUGAAUUUCAAGCCGUGACGACGAAUGCAACUGUACUAAUCUUUCUCUUUGCAGGAGCAGGCGGCAAUUAUCAUGAAACGCAAGAACGACCUAACGACCCUACGCCUACGACCUAGAACUGGCGACCUUCAGCUCCUCUACCUAGCUUUCACUACUACACGCUUGUACUUCUUGUAACAACUACGCAAGAACUUCUUGUUCUACCAAGAGCAAAAGGCAUCUACUCCCGAAGUUACCAAGAUUCAUCUACCUGUGAUUUUUACCACGCACAAGUUUGCUUCUCAGGACAAGGAGGACAAGCCGUCUGUCAUCUCAAUCAGCCGGAACAUUUUCGCAAGCCAAGAAUGCAUGUUUGUGACUGGUUGUUUUGGACGAUGAUAGAUGGAUCCUCUAUUUCCUGUCAAGCAAUAAAAACUGUAACUGUUGAGCAACUUAAUAUUUAUUCGGAUGAAUCGAUUGUGUGCAGAAGUCGAAUCUUAUUUGGGUUUCAACAUUCGCAUCUAAAAUCUUCAUCCACCGCGAGCAAAACUUAAGAGCGACGAUCUUGAACAACUUCAAGGUUCUUUUUAGCCCUAGCAAGAUGAAGCACAAGAACAGUAAGAAUUGCGGAGAAAAAAACAUGAUGAGUCUGCCACCAAUGUGGACAUAUCAAAAAUGGUAGCUGCACCUCUGUCAAU